CUGAAAAGCUGUGGCUGCUACGUAGCUUGUGUGCCCUCGCCCUCUUCGUCGACAAACAAAGGGUCUCGUUUAGUUCAGCCUCUCUGAUGCUACCCUUCGUCCUGUCACAAGACAUCGAUCCUCCGUCCCAACGUCCAACAGCUUGUCUGCGUCCUGCCCGCCUGCCCUGCUGCCCGCCUGCCCUGCAGCCAACUUGAGACAUUCGUCCUGAACGGGCUCACGAGCUCUCUCAUUUGGUCGCCCGGUGAGACGCCACUCGACGAGCCUUCCCGCUGGUAACCAUUGCGCUAGGUCAGUCUCCUUCCUUCGGCCUUGUCUUGUCGUGGUCGCAACCUACCAGUCGUCUGCAACGCGUCGCAUUGAUAACCAGUUGCCUGGGCAUGGAUUGUUAUCUUGCAUUUUCCCAUUUCGCUGCCACGCCAUGACCACCAGCCCAACAUCAUAUUCCUUGAUUGUCCCAGUUCGACUGAUCGACUUCCUGUCGGAACUCAGCACUCGAUUGUUUUGAAUUAUUUUGUUUUCAUCCUGUCUGUUGAGAGACAGUCUCAAUCACUCACCGUCCUGGCUGACCAACUCGCGCGAUAGAGCUCACAAGUACAAGCACUACCACUACCCCGCCCUCGGGUUGCCAGGCAGCUUGUCAACAAUAAAGGGUGGCAAAAACUCCACAUCUCAGUUGAGGACUGCAAAAUUGCCUUCUGCUCUCACGAUAGUCAGUCAGCAUGGCCGACAACAAGGAGACGGCGGCCGAUGUGCCUGCCAGCCACUCUCCCGCCACCCCGACUGAGAAGGACACCGCCAUCAACACCCCCCCAGAGACACAUGCCCAUCACGGCGACGGCCCCGUCACUCGCCCCGCCGGCUGGAUGUACAAGGGCUUCAAGCUUGGCAAAAAGGAGAUCUGGUAUGCCUCCCCCAAGAUGCAGCUGUUCAUGGUCUCCAUGGUCUGCUUCCUGUGCCCGGGCAUGUACAACUCCCUCACCGGCCUCGGUGGCGGUGGCCAGCAGGACCCCCUCGUCCAGGACCACGCCAACACCGCCCUGUACUCGACCUUUGCCGUCGUGGGCUUCUUCUCCGGCACCUUUGCCAACCGCCUCGGCAUCAAGCUGACCCUCGCCUUCGGCGGCCUGGGCUACUGCGUCUACGCUGCCAGCUUCCUCUGCUACACCCACACCCGCAACGACGGCUUCGUCAUCUUCGCCGGCGCCCUGCUUGGUGUCUGUGCCGGUCUCCUGUGGACUGGCCAGGGCGCAAUCAUGAUGGCGUACCCCCCCGAGUCGUCAAAGGGUCGCUACAUCUCGUGGUUCUGGAUCAUCUUCAACCUCGGUGCUGUCAUAGGAUCCCUCAUCCCUCUUGGCCAGAAUGUCAACAACUCAGGCGGCACAGUCACCGACGGCACCUAUGCUGCCUUUAUUGUGCUGAUGUUUGUGGGCGCCAUCCUGGCCUUGUUCCUGUGCAACGCCGACAAGGUCCAGCGUGAGGACGGCUCCCACGUCAUUCUCAUGAAGAACCCCAGCUGGUCUUCGGAGCUCAAGGGCCUCUGGGAGACCCUCUACCUCGACCCCUGGAUCAUCCUGCUCUUUCCCAUGUUCUUCGCCAGCAACGUCUUCUAUACCUACCAGACCAACGACAUGAACGGGGCGCACUUCAACACCCGCACCAGGUCUCUCAACAAUCUGCUCUACUGGCUCGCGCAGAUCUUUGGCGCCGUCGUCAUGGGGUACGCCCUGGACUUCCACAAGGUCCGCCGCAGCCUCCGCGCCAAGGCGAGCUUCAUCAACUUGUUCGUGCUCACUUUCGUCAUCUGGGGAGGUGGAUACGCCUGGCAGGAAAAGCAGGUCACCCGUGAGGUCAUCGAGGCAGUCGACGCGAACGGUGAUCCGACGUAUCAGGGCCGGGUAGACUGGACCGACGGUGGCGAGAAGUACAUCGGACCCAUGUUCCUGUACAUCUUCUACGGCUUCUUCGACGCCGUCUGGCAGACAAGCAUCUACUGGUACAUGGGCGCCCUGUCCAACUCAUCGCGCAAGGCCGCCAACCUCGCAGGCUUCUACAAGGGCAUCCAGUCUGCUGGCGCGGCCAUCUUCUGGCGGCUCGACGGCCUCAAGAAGCCCUACGACACGCUCUUCGGCGCGACGUGGGGCCUCCUGGGCGCCGCGCUCGUGUUCGCCGCGCCCAUCAUCUGGACGCGCAUCAAGGACACGGUGCCGCUCGAGGAGGAUCUCAAGUUCUCCGAUGAGACGGUCGCGGACGUUGCGCCGACGGAUGCGCUCGGCAAGAACGAGAAGACGGUCGAUGUUUAGCCUUGGCCCUGGGUUUGAUAUCGCGCAUGGGGCGGGAGUCAGGCUGUCGAUCCCCAUAGGUGAGCCUUUUCCAGGGAAUGGGAGCUGCUUGCACGUGUGUGCGCGCGUGCGGCAUGGUGGCCUUCCACGCCGGCGAGCGUGAGGGCAGUCAAUGAUACCACAGCAUGAGUUCUCGACUGUAGAUGAUUAAUGAGACCGACUACUCUUCUGAAAGUCGUCAGUCAAAUAUGGAAUAUGUGAAUGUGAAGCUAGUCCGUGAUACAGAAAUAAGUCUUGCGCCGUGGCGCUAGUGCGGCACAUAGUAUCCUGUUCAAAUGCUAGGAAUCAGGCAUUCUCAGUGCGGUUCGGCACUCGCGGCGAUUCCGAGGCACGAAGGCGCGAGGCGCAAAAUCGAGGUCCAAGGAACGGCAAAUCUGUCUCGCAAUCAUCAGCAAUUGAUACAUUUUAC